CUGACCCAGAGGUGCCAGGAGGAGAACUUGCUGGAGUGAAAUGAACUACUAACUUGUGUCAGCGCCUGCGUGGUGAGGCACUUUUCUCCCAGCGCUGCUGCUUAGUUCCCACAACCACCUGCUGCGAAGGCCAGCAGCUUAUUUCAAGACCGAGACCAGAGAGAGAAGUGGGGCUGUUUGCCCCGGGGGCACCCCGUGUUUUUGAGGUCAGCUCUGAAGCCCACUGGACACCAGCUGCCUGUUUACCUUGCCAGUCUUGAGGCCUUGUACCUUUAAAAAGGAUUGCCUUUGUUUUUUCAUUUAACUGCCUGCCGCCCCAGUGUCGCUGCCGCCUCCGCCAUGCCCGCGCAGCAGCUCUUCCGCGCGCUCGUGUCCGCGCAGUGGGUGGCGGAGGCACUGCGGGCCCCGCGCGCCGGGCAGCCCCUCCAGCUGCUGGACGCCUCCUGGUAUCUGCCCAAGCUGGGCCGUGAUGCGCGCCAAGAGUUCGAGGAGCAGCACAUCCCGGGCGCCUCCUUUUUCGACAUCGACCAGUGCAGCGACCGCACGUCGCCCUACGACCACAUGCUGCCCAGCGCGGCGCACUUCGCGGAGUACGUAGGCAACCUGGGCGUGGGCGCCACCACCCACGUUGUGGUUUACGACGCCAGCGACCAGGGCCUCUACGCUGCGCCACGCGUCUGGUGGAUGUUCCGCGCCUUCGGCCACCACACAGUGUCCUUGCUCGACGGCGGCUUCCGCAACUGGCUGCGCCAGGGCCUCCCGCUGAGCUCUGGCAAGAGCCGCGCAGUGCCCACCCAGUUCCGAGCCACGCUGGACCCCGCCUUUGUCAAGACGUACGAGGACGUCAAGGAGAACAUCGAGUCCCGGCGCUUCCAGGUGGUGGACGCCCGCGCCGCGGGCCGGUUCCGGGGCACGGAGCCUGAGCCCCGAGACGGCAUUGAACCUGGCCACAUCCCCGGCACGGUGAACAUCCCCUUCACGGACUUCCUGACCAGCGAGGGCCUGGAGAAGAGCCCCGAGGAGAUCCGCCGCCUGUUCCAGGACCAGAGGGUGGACCUGGCCCGGCCGCUGGUGGCCACCUGCGGCUCCGGCGUCACGGCCUGCCACGUGGCCCUGGGGGCCUACCUCUGCGGGAAGCCUGACGUGGCCAUCUACGACGGUUCCUGGGUGGAGUGGUACAUGCGGGCCCAGCCCGAGGAGGUCAUCUCCGAGGGCCGGGGGAAGACCCGCUGAGGCCGGGCCGGACGUGGCCCGGGAAGCUCCGGUGACGCCCAGCGAGUGGCCAGCGGCGCCCCGCCUGGUUGUUCGGACGCUGCUGUCCCGGGAAGAGUGUUUCCUCCUCCAACCCAGGUGGCGCACGGGGUGACAUCCCAGAGGCCAGGAGUUCCUUCUGACGCGUGGGCAGAAGACAAGGUGGCAGUGGGCCCCGGGAAGAGGGGGAGCGGCCCACGUGGUGCCGAGCUGGGCCCCACCUCCCUUCCGUUUUACAUUUGAGAAUAAAACAGCCGAGUGCUAAGUGCCACUGCA